AACGUUGACAUUCAUUUUAUCACAUUUUAUUGUGUAAUUUUAUCUUGAACGUGAGCCUGGUGCUUUUUUCUUGUUGAUUUAAUUUUACGCAAGUCACCCAUGUGUUUCAUAAUUUUAUGCACCGCCAAAUUUACAUAUUUGUUAAACGUAACAAUAUUUCUGAAUAGAAAAUUCUUUAAUGCAUCUCUCUGAUUUCUGCCGGCCCUUUCUAGCGGUAGAUCGAUACUUUUACUCGUAUAUCUCACGCGGGCGUCUAGCAAUCGCUUUGUUCCGAUCGUAUACUACGCAUCACUAUUGUUCGGGAAGUCAAGCUUGAAGGUCAUAUCAUUGGAUAAAGGAAGAUAAAAUGUCUGCCAUUUAUCGAGAAUAGAAUUUUUUCAGAAUCCGCAAGUGAUUGUUCUUUUCAUUUCGCUUGAAAAUCAACGUUCUUAUCCUAUCUUGAAUAUCUUGAUACUGAUGACAAAAGUUGUGACUUGCUGAAAUGAGUCAUCAGUUAGUUGGCACGUAUCAUCGCGAUUUGUUGUGCGAAAUUAGUAUUGCUUCUUCAUAUGGGCCGAAGUGAAUCAAAACGAGACGAAAUCCGGGAAGGAGAUUAUCGUUGCAGAAAAUACCGCGCGUUUAGACGUAAACAAAGCGUUCACUCGAUCACUGACCCCGUCGUGGUUCCGAUACCCCCGAGUAAUCGAUUGGCCCGUGAUUUUAUUACACGAUUGAAACUUCAUUCGCUAAUUCUAAUAAUAGUAAUUCGAUCGAAUUAUUCCAUCUUGGGGAAAACUCCAAAACAAGCAACAUGGCGGACCCGAGCAACGAGCCCGCAUCGUCGAGCGGCGUCGUGGAACAGGUAGCUGCGACAGCGGCGGCCGCCGUCGUCGCAGCCCCGCUACGCGAGGAACACGACAAGCCCGAGGACUUCCACGAACCUGAUAAGAAGCGGCGCAGGACAGUUCGCGCCGAGGACGCCGCGAAAACGGAGCAGAAGCUGGAGCACCGUCUGGGCGGCAUCCUCUGCUGCGCAGUAUGCCUCGAUUUGCCUCGCGCGGCCGUCUAUCAGUGUGCUAAUGGACACUUGAUGUGUGCUGGUUGCUUCACUCAUGUCCUCGCAGAUGCCAGGCUGCGGGACGAGAUGGCAACAUGUCCCAACUGCAGAAUCGAAAUCAGCAAAACCACCGCGUCACGAAAUCUAGCAGUCGAAAAAGCUGUGUCUGAGUUACCUGCUGAAUGUCAAUAUUGCGCGAAGGAGUUCCCACGAAAUUCCUUAGAACACCAUGAAGAGGCUAUGUGUGAGGAAAGGAUAUCUAGUUGCAAAUAUAGUAGAAUCGGUUGUCCGUGGCGAGGCCCGAAUCACGAGAUUCCGGAACAUGAAAGUCACUGCGUUCAUCCUCAUCGUACGGGUGCGGACGUGAUGGAGGCUUUACGUGAGAUCGAUGCCCGUACCUUGGAAGAACGUAGGCUCUAUGACAAUGUCUUUGAUCUUUUGUCCUACGAGAAAAUCACGUUCAACGAUUUACAGAUGAAGCCAUAUCGCACUGAUGAAUUUAUUCAUAAACUAUUUUAUGAAACCUCUCGAUUUGGCGCUUUCAACAACCAGUGGGUAGUAAAGGCCAGAAUCAACAGUAAUCAACGCGAUCCUACUCAAAGUUCAGAGCGAGACAUAACUUACCAACUGAUACUAAAGACAAAAACUACUUAUCCGCUACCAGUUUAUUACUUGAUCUUGAAAGGCCCGUUUGGCGAUAUGAAGGUCCAUCCGAGAAUUCACAGAUUCGAAUUCACCGAGCAAGAAAACGAGAGUCCAUAUUUUACGUUACCACUACCGGACACGGCGGAGUGCAAUAGACUUCUUGCAGCUAAAGCCAUCAGUUUUAGAUUAAUAAUGUUCCUGGCGUCUAAGUAGCUUACAACGAUGUAUCUAUUGUCAAGAUUUUGUCACAAAUGGAAUCGAUCUUCGAGAUCUUCUAGACGUAAUAACAAAUAAUAAUUAUAGAGAUCACAGAGGUUUAUAAUCGUUUACAGUAGCGAGAGAGAAAUAUUGAUCAUGGCAAUGAUAAUGAUGAUAAAAAGAGAAAAUGCUAAUAUCAC